GCCGCGGGACGGACCAUGCUACGUUCCACUGGCUUCUUCCGGGCCAUCGACUGCCCUUAUCUGGAUGGGGCACCCGGGGGUCCCUGCCGGCGACCCUACUGCCACUUCCGGCACCGCGGGGCCCGGGUCCCCGGAGCGCCCAGCGGCGGCGGAGCGGCACCCCCCACAGCAGGGCUCAGCUAUGACCCCUACAACCCCGAGCUGCCCAAGCCUGCUGCCCAGAGGGAAAACGGAGUCGUGGGCGGUGGGGCUGAGCCCCGCUGGGACCUGCUGGAGCUGGAGCUGGUCAACCAGGCCAUUGAGGCCGUGCGCAGCGAGGUGGAGCUGCAGCAGAGGCGCUACCAGGAGCUCCUGGGCACAGCCCGGGCGGGCGGCCCCGCGGCGGCCCCUGCCCUCGCACCCCGCGGCCCCGCCGGCCCCGCCGCUGACCUGGCCGGCGACGACACCUUCCCACGGUCCUGCAACGACCACCCUGGCGGCCGAGGCCCACUGAGCCCAGAAGCCGGCUACCAGCCCACGCCACUGGCUGUACCUGCAGAGCCUGCUGCCAAGUACUCGCUGGACAGGAGCCCGGGCCGGGGCGGCGCUGCCCUGGAAUAUGUCCCCAAGGCCGUGGGCCAGCCCCGCAGGCACAGCCGCCCCGCCCUCAGUGGCAAGUACGUCGUGGACAACUCCAAGCCAUCCACUGACCUAGAGUACGACCCUCUGUCCAACUAUUCGGCCCGGCUGCUGAGCAGGGCCGGCUCCAGGGAAGAGAGGGCCCCUAAGCGAGCUCGGGGCACCCCUGGCCGCGAGCCCUACAUGCCAGCGCCCAAGAAGCACUGUGACCCCUUCGGUGGCUGCGAUGCCCGCUUCUCUGACUCGGAAGAUGAUGCCGCUGUGACCCCAGGCAGCGGGCCCCCCUCUGCCAGCCCGCCGAGAGCCCAGGCGGCCCCUGAGAGCCAGGCUUCUGGGAAGCCACCCUGCAGGAAGGGUCCGGAACCCGAGGAGGGCAGCCUGCGAGAGACCAAGGAGAUGGCUGUGCAGUACGAUGUGGGUGACCUCGGGCCGCCUCCCCAGGGCCCGGGCGGGGAGCCUCCAGCUGCUCCUGCCGCCCCAGCCACACAGGAGGCCAAAGCCAAGAAGAGACAUGAGGAGCUGCCACCCACCGGCCACAAGGAUGGCGUCCGCAAGAAAGAUAAGGGCAGGGCCAGGGACCGGGGGAAGCUGGGCGAGAAGAGGAGCUCGAGGGCUGCCUGCGGCCGGGCAGAGCGGCUGGACGGGACCAAGAAGCAGCCAUCCUCGGCCACCACGCUGGCCGGCAGCUCAGGGAAAGGGAGGCCCAGCCGGCCCCCAGAGCCCCGGCCGGCCUGCAAGAAGCGGGGGAAGCCCUCCCCCUCGGAGAAGCCCUCCCCCUCAGGGAAGCUGGCCACGCGCAAGGCCCACUCGCUGGACGAGGGCAGCUCCCAGGACGCCCCCAAGCUGAAGCGGCGUGCCCUGAGCCACGCUGACCUCUUUGGGGAUGAGAGUGCAGAUGAGGACGAGGGAGCACCUCGGGCCUGGCCCCCUGCACUGCCUGGCCUCAGCUCGGACUCGGACUCGGACUCCAGCCUCUCUGAGGCCCAGGAGCAGGGCCCACCCAAGAGGCUCCAGGCUGCCCCACCCCCGCCUGCUGCCCUCGCCUCCCCUUCCUCCUCCUCGUCGUCCUCAGGGGAGGACAUAGACUAUGCUGCCCUGGAGAAGGAGGUUGAGUUUGACUCGGACCCCAUGGAGGAGUGCCUGCGCAUCUUCAACGAGUCCACCAACGUGAAGACGGAGGACAAGGGCCGCCUGGCCCGCCAGCCACCCAAGGAGGAAAAGGGCGAGGCGCAGGGCCAAGCAGGCCUGACCACACUGCUCCCGGGUCAGAAGAGGAGGAUUUCCCAUCUUGCCAAGCGAGGCAAGGAGGCAGAACUCCCGAGGAAACCCCCACCGGCAACCCCGGCCCGGCCCCUGACUGCCCAGGAGGUGUGUUACCGGCGUGCCCAGCAGGCCCAGCAGGAGUCGGCCAGCUGGCUGCAGGCUGCCCCACGGCCAGCCGAGAAGCCUCCUUCCACACACCUCUCAGUGCCGGGUGAGAAGAGGCGGAUAGCCCACGUGCCCAACCCCCGCCUGGCUGCAGCCCCCACAGGUGCCAAACGGACCCUGGCAGCCAGUGGCAGCCAACCCCCCCAUGGUCCCGAGCCUGGCAGGCAGCCCCUGAAGACGCGCACGCUGGCAGGGAUGGCAUCCAAGACCACCUCCACCGCCACCCCAAAGCGGGUUGCCCACAGUCCAUCACUGCAGAGUUUAAAGAAGCCUAUUAUCCCCAAAGAGUUCGGGGCCAAAGUGCCCACAGCCAUCCGGCAGCGAUAUCUCAAUCUGUUUAUCGACGAGUGUCUCAAAUUCUGUUCUUCCAACCAGGAAGCCAUAGAGAAGGCGCUGACCGAAGAGAAAGUGGCCUAUGACCGCAGCCCCAGCAAGAACAUCUACCUGAACGUGGCCGUGAACACACUCAAGAAGCUGCGGGGCCUGGCCCCCAGCGCCAUGCCUGGCCUCAGCAAACCAAGCAGCCGGCGGCUGGUGUCCCACGAGGUGGUAUUAGGGGGCAGGCUGGCCGCUAAGACCAGCUUCUCGCUCAGCCGCUCGAGCAGCCCCCGGGUAGAAGACCUGAAAGGGCUUGCUCUGUACAGCCGCCUCAAGGAGUACCUGCUUACUGAGGACCAGCUCAAGGAGAACGGCUACCCCUUCCCCCACCCCGAGAGGCCCGGCCGCGCUGUCAUCUUCACAGCCGAGGAGAAGAAGCCCAAGGAUGCCUCCUGCAGGAUUUGCUGUCGCUGUGGCACUGAGUACCUUGUAUCCUCCUCGGGCCGCUGUGUCCGCAGUGAAGAGUGCUACUACCACUGGGGGCGGCUCCGGCGGAACCGGGUGGCUGGUGGCUGGGAGACCCAGUACACGUGCUGCUCCGCUGCCAUCGGCUCCGUCGGCUGCCAGGUUGCAAAGCAACACGUGCAGGACGGCCGGAAGGAGAGCCUGGAAGGGUUUGUGAAGACCUUCAGCAAGGGGCUUGCAGAGGACGCUCACCCGGGGGUCUAUGCUCUCGACUGUGAGAUGUCCUACACCACGUAUGGUCUGGAGCUGACGCGUGUCACCGUGGUGGACACGGACAUGCAGGUGGUCUACGACACCUUUGUCAAGCCUGACAACGAGAUCGUGGACUACAACACCAGGUUCUCCGGGGUGACGGAGGCCGACCUGGCUGACACGAGCAUCACGCUGCGGGAUGUACAGGCCGUUCUGCUCAGCAUGCUGAAUGCCGACACCAUCCUCAUCGGGCACAGCCUAGAGAGUGACCUGCUGGCCCUGAAGGUCAUCCACAGCACAGUCGUGGACACGGCCGUGCUGUUCCCACACCGCCUGGGCCUCCCCUACAAGCGCUCCCUCCGGAACCUCAUGGCUGACUACCUCAAACAGAUCAUCCAGGACAAUGUGGACGGGCACAGCUCCAGCGAGGAUGCCAGUGCCUGCAUGCACCUGAUGAUUUGGAAGAUCCGCGAAGACGCCAAGACCAAGCGAUGAGCCCGCUGCCCGCCCACCGCCCACCCUCCGUCCCAGCCCACGCCUCCUCCCAAACAGUGCAAUAAAUGUCGAGUUAACCC